AUUCGGCUCUGUAAAUAUCGACGAAGCAUGAUUCUUAUUCUUUUUAUUUAACUUCGAAAUAUGGGCUUUUAUCAUAACGUAUGCGUUACUCUUGGACUUAUAGCUCUUGCACACGCUGCAUAUUCAGCAGCACAACAUCGUACUUACAUUCGUUUAACGGAACAGGAAUUCACCCGACUUCCACUUGAUAUUUUGCUUCAGUGUAUACUGGGCUUACUACUGACCAGUUAUGGAGUUGUGCACAUCACAGGGUAUUUUAAAGAGAUCAAAGCAAGUGCCGAACUGGAGAAUAAGAGUUGGGAAAUGCUGGGCAACAGACAGGCGUUCUACACAUUCAACCACCGCGGCAAGGCUCUGUACGCACACAAUGAAACAUAACGACAUUAGCAGAUGACUAGAACUGGUCAAUGUUGAUGGUGUGAAAGAUGAGGGAUGAAUUAGUGUCCAAUAGUGGGCGGCCAUAAGACAUAUUCUUUCGAUCAGUACUGGCAGGCCUAGCUCUGGGUCAACAGAACAUUUCUGCCAGAUCAUCUAUUAAACUUCCAAAUUUUAUAGAUAACCAGUUAUUUUGUAACAAAAUAUCAAUUAUUACAUGAAAUUAUUUCGCCUAAUUAAAAUAUAAAUUCAGUAAUUGUUUUUAAAAUUCGCAAUUGCAGGUUUUCUAGAAUUUGUUUUAUAAAGUCCACUAGCCGUCGGAUCAGGGAUUUCAACAUUUUACUAGCCCCAAUUAAAAAUUCACUAUCCCUUCUUUACUUGAAGUUAAUACAAUUUUACUAAAUUUAAAAUAGUAAUAAUCAGAUAUGUCACCUAAAGAGUGAGAUAGAGCUUAAAACAUUAACAUUGGGG